UCAAAACAAAAGUUGUAUAAAACCAGAUUUGAAUUGUUUCGGAUGGAAGUGCGGCUUGUGCAUGGAGACUCCCACCCUUUCUCUCUCCUUCCCCUCCCUGUAACCCUGCUCUCUAGAUGGGAACGACAGACCCCUGGUUCUGGUCGCCCACCUCCAUUGAACCUCCAAACCUUAGAUUUAAGGGCUAUUGCCCUAAAGAGAAGAGAACCCCUAAAGCAAACCAGUAGUAUAGAGCCUCUGAGUUUGUUAUGGGGAAAGAGAUGAUGCCCGCACAAGAGAAUAAGAAGGUUUUUGGUGGAUCCAAGAGGCCAAAUCCAGUAACAAAGGUUCCUGAAUCUGGUAAAAGAACGGCAAUUUCUUUUGAUCUCAGAUUUCAUGAAGACGUGCAGCCAAAUCUUGACCAAGCUCAUGAAGCAUAAGCAUGGAUGGGUCUUCAAUGUCCCUGUUGAUGUAGUGGGAAUGGGGUUACAUGAUUACUAUACCCUAGUCAAGAACCCCAUGGAUCUUGGCAAUGCGAAAUCUAGGUUAAACCAGAGCUUUUAUUCAACCAAACUUGAAUUUGCAGCUGAUGUGAGGCUCACCUUCCACAAUGCCCUAAAAUAUAACCCCAAGGCCCAUGAUGUAAACAUAAUGGUUGAGCGGCUUCUAGGUUUUUUCGAAGAGAUGUGGAACCCUGCUUUUAAUAGGUAUGAGGAGGAGAGGCGAAGGGUUGUUGAGGAGGCUCACUGGAAUUCCUUUUCUGGUAAGUUUCCAGUACAAAAACCAGCAGCUUCGCCAGAAAUUGAAAUGCCGUAGAGAAAAGGCAAACCCUAAAGCGCAAAGAAGCCGGAUCCAUGGAUGCUACCCACUAGUGUGAAAGACCAAAGUAGGGGGAAACCUAGUUGGGACAAGACUUGUUCAGCUUGAAAAGCAGCCCAAGUCUAACGCAAGAGACCCAAAUAAAAGAGAGAUGAGUUUUGAGGAGAAAUAGAAGGUUAGCGCAAGUUUGCAGAAUUUGCCUUAAGAGAAGAUGGACCAGGUUGUUGAAAGGUUUUUCUCUCAUGAUCGCUGAAUUCCAGCGAUUUUUGGCCUGAAAAUGGCGAGAUUUGGUCGAGGGUUUUUUUGACAAAUCAAUGAAAUUAGACAUCCAAACAGUUUACCAACA